AUAGAAAGCUAUCGCCAGGGCAACAAGCAGAGUUUAGCGAGCAGAAAUCUGCUGCUAGCAGAACAGUAACGGCGAUUAAUUAUCAAAGAAACACCUUUUACACUAAAUACCGUUUAAAUUUGUUGCCAUGAAUGAAUCUGUAGCCAAAAAGACCCAGGAGACUCUGGGAAAAGUGAUCAAAAAGCCUCCUUUGACAGAAAAGCUGCUCAGCAAACCGCCGUUUCGAUACCUGCACGACAUCUUCAGCGAGAUAAUUCGUACCACAGGCUUUAUGAAAGGACUUUAUGGAGAAGCAGAGAUGAAGGCAGAUAACGUGAAGGACAAAGACUCAAAAAUAGCAUUCCUGCAGAAGGCCAUCGAUGUGGUGAUGCUGGUUAGUGGAGAGUCCUUGGCAGCUAAACCUGCUCGAAUUGUAGCUGGACACGAGCCAGAGAAGACCAACGAACUGCUGCAGGUCAUUGCUAAGUGCUGUCUCAACAAGCUCUCCAGUGACGAGGCUGUUAGGCGGAUGUUAGCAGGAGACAAGCUGGAGCAGAAGGGGAAGCCCAGCACCUCCAGGUCCCAGGACAAGGAGAACAGAGAGGGCAGGGAGCGGCACCAAGACCGAGAGGAGAGGAAGGGCAUCAAGGAGAGCAGCGGGAGCCGAGAGCAGAAAGAUCCAGAUCAACCAAGAGAUCAAGAGAGCAAGAGGGAUGACAAGGACCGCCGGCGAGAUGCCGAGAAAUCUGACAAGGGACACGAAAGAGACCGGACAAAAGACAGAGACCGAGACAGAGACAGAGACAAAGACAAGAGCCGGGAUCGGGAUCGGGAGAAAGACAAGACCAAAGAGAAGGAGAAGGACCGUAACAGGGACAAGGAGAGAGAACGAGAUAAAGAGAGGGAUAAGAAAAGGGAACGGGAAUCUCACAGAGACAGAGACAGAGAAAAGGAGAGAGAUCGAGAGAAACGACGGGAGAGAGAAAAAGAUAAACAACCACACCGAGAGACAGACGAGAAGCCAAAGGACAGAGGUGAUAGAAAGAUCAAGGCAGCAGAGGAGAUCAGCAGGCCAAAGCUUCCCCCAGAGGUUGUGAGGAAAACACAUGAAGCCGAAGCAGACGAGGCUGAGAGUCCUUCCCGGAUCCCAAGGCCCUCAUCAGCUAAAGGACAGCGGCGGUGGCCCAAAACAGGAGGUCAAGAUGAGACUGAGAGUGAAGGAGAAGAGGAAGCCCCUUCAGCAGAGAAACCAGUCCACAUUGAGAAUGGAGACACAACAAAUUCUGUGCCACCUCAAACAACACAUAGUAGACGAUUAGCGCGACCUAGCAGCGCACGACCGGCAGCCCCCCGCGUCAAACGACAGGAGAGCUUUGCUGAUGUGACCCCAGCAGAGAGGCUGGGCAGUGCCAAGACCCCUGCGACUGUUAUUUUGGAUAGCAAGAAGCUCUCUGAAGAUGAGGAUGACGAAGACGGGCAGUUUCUGGUGGAGGAGGCAGCUGCGCCUCCUCCUGACAUACCUGAAAUUGAGCUUAAUUCACUUGAACUCCAAGGGAAUGACAAACACGGUGGACUUGUGAAAAAAAUCCUAGAGGCUAAGAAAGACUAUGAAUCGUCUCCAGCCUCAAAGUCAAAAGAACAGGAUCGGUCACUGGUGUCAGAGUCGUCUCGUAAGAAGGAACGUGAAUUGGUGGCGAAGGAGAUCGAGCGACUGUGUUCGUCCAUACAAACGGUGUGUCGCAGCGCUCUGCCUCUGGGUAAGAUCAUGGACUACAUUCAGGAGGAUAUGGACUCCAUGCAGAACGAACUGCAGACGUGGCGCAAAGAGAACAAGGAGAACGCACAGGCUCUGCUACAGGAACAAAGAAUCACAGACAGCGUUGUGGAACCUCUGAAGGCUGAGCUCGCUGAACUAGAGCACUUAAUCAAAGACCAGCAGGACAAGAUCUGCGCAGUCAAGUCCAGCAUCCUGAAGAACGAGGAGAAGAUCCAGAAGAUGGUAUCCAGCAUCAGCUUCUCCUCACAAACGUGAAUACCAGCACAUCGCCAAAGAAACCUGAAGCACUGAGAAGCAGGGAGAUCUGAUGUCUUUGAGCAGCACUGGAGACAGUUCAGAAGCUGCAGGUACAGUCAGGACCCCCUCUCUUCAAACCCCCUUCAUGUAAGGUGCCUUCUGUUUGCACUGGUCCAUUGGGAUUCUCAACCACACUCAUACGUCUGCAGUAGAUUUGGAUUUGCACUCAUCACUUGCUUGAAAGAUAAAUGUGUGUGGUCACCAUACUGAUGUGUCCUGUACUUUUUAAAAUAGGACUUCAGUUGAUCUCUUAGGAAAACAAAUUGACUGGUUUAUUUAAUUUUUUUAAUUUCUUUUUAGCUUUUUUCCAUUUAGACUGACAGGUGUUUUGGCAAUAUAUCACACAUGUGAAUAUAAUUAUUUCCAUAUGUAUAUGUGUAAUUAGAAAACUAUGGAAGCUGGUUUCUUACUUUUUUUUGUAUUUCUGAGAUUAAAUAAUAAAAAGGUAAUUGCGACUUUUUAUCUCGCAGUGUGGACUUUUUGAAUGAAAUUCUGAAGUCAGAAUGUGAGACAUAAACUUGCAUUCGCAAGAAAAAAGCCAGAAUUAUGAGAUAAAGUUGUGAUUUCUUUUUUUAUUUCGUGCAAAAAGAAAAAUCAGUUGCGAGAUGUAAAUUUAGAAUUCAGAUAAAAAGUCAGAAUUCUGAGUUUUUGUCUCGGAUUUCUCAGAAUUGAUUGGAAAAAAGUCACGGUUACCUUUUUAAUUUAUUUAUGCUGCGGCAGAAACAAGCUAUCAUAGAAAUAUAUAUAUAUAUAUAUAAAAAUGAAUUUUCUAAAGCAAUUGAAUUUUACAGAUGAGCAUUAGAUUUGCCAAAAAUUGGAGAAACAUUUCACACGCACCUCUGCACUUUGAUAAAUGAGACUGUAAUACAGCACAUCAUUUACCGUACCUGUACACAUCAAAAACCUCUGUUAGCUAAUUAUAUGUUCAAAGAAACAAGAUUCAAUUGCACAAGUGUAUUUUAAGUCAAUUUAUUGUAUAAAUCAAGAAAUGUACCUUGAUCAACUGUAUAUGUGUAUGUUUCAGAUUAAUAUCAAUAAUGAAAAAGUUCAACUGAUAUUUCAUCCGAGAAAACAUGACGUUUUUUCUGCAAACUGAGAUCCAUGAAGCAAUUUGAAAGUUUUUAUGUUAUGACAUGAAAAACUGUGUUCGAUGAAGCAAUAACAGGUCCAGUCUGUCGCAGCUGAUCCACUGGUCAAGCACAACAUGGAGAAAAUCUUCAGCAUGUAGAACUAGUCACACUUUAUGGAUACAGUGUUACUGUACCAGUGUCUAGAUGAAUUUUACAACUAAACCACACAGCAUGAAUGUCAGUAGAAUCAGACUUCAAUAUACAGAUUAUAUACUCCAUCAGUAUUAUCAGCUGUGCACCAUGACACAAAAUAGUUUGCUAGAGCUUUUUAAAUAUCAAUGAAAUAUAUUGGAGUUUCCAUAAAAGAGAUGACCAUUUACACUGUAAAAGAUUUUUACCAUAUCCAUACUUUUUGCUGUACAUUUUGUGUACAUGUUGUUUGUAUCAUAGUUCACAAGUGAAUAUUUAUUUAGUAGUGAAGUCUAAUAAACAGCUCCAUUUCUGUUAAAA